AAAUUGUAAAAUGACACGAGAGGGCACCAUGUGCAUCAUCGAGGAAUAUUGCGAUGAAUCGAAAUAUCGAAUCGAAUUAAGUCAAGUAAGAAUGAAAUUAAAUCGAUUUAAAGCACUACGAAUUGAGAAUAGUAUAGAGAAUGUUGGCAGAAAGCUAGUAGGUGGUUAACAGUAGUAGAUAUUUAUAACAAUAACAAAAAUAAUAUUACAUGUAAGAGAAAACAGAAAAGAGGAGAAGAGAGGAGUGUAUUGAAGCGACGCAAUUAAAAGUGAGAAUGGCUGUCAGAGCAUUAGGACCUUUUCUUCGUUCUAAUAAUCUGUUGCUCAGAACAUUGAACGAAAAUGUUGUUACUAGUAACGGAAUUAAACCCUUGGUUAAUAUCGAAAGUCAACGAGAAGCGCAUCAAUGGAUGCCUGAUAUAGACGAAUAUAGACAUCUUUUAAAACAAGAUUGUACUAAGAUAUUAGCUACAAAAGAGAAGUCAUGGCCUUUUAUCAAGCCAAGUUGGAAUGAACCACAAACAACAUCUGUGCAACUAGCACCGGAAUUUCGAAAUGUAGUGAUUAAUUUUGGCCCCCAACAUCCAGCUGCACAUGGGGUAUUACGAUUGCUAAUUGAGAUGAAUUCUGAAUAUGUAACUCGCGCUGAUCCUCAUAUAGGUCUUUUACAUCGGGGUACAGAAAAAUUGGUAGAAUAUAAAACAUAUAUGCAAGCCUUACCAUAUUUUGAUCGUUUGGAUUAUGUAUCCAUGAUGUGCAAUGAACAAUGUUUUUCUAUGGCUAUUGAGAAACUAUUAAAUAUUGAUAUACCCUUGCGAGCAAAAUAUAUUAGAACUUUAUUUGCCGAGAUUACAAGAAUUCUAAAUCAUAUUAUGAAUAUUGGAACGCAUGCCCUUGAUAUUGGAGCUCUAACACCAUUCUUUUGGUUAUUUGAAGAACGAGAAAAAUUAAUGGAAUUUUAUGAACGUGUGAGUGGUGCUCGCAUGCAUGCGGCUUAUAUUCGUCCUGGUGGUGUUUCAUUGGAUAUGCCAUUGGGUUUAAUGGACGACAUAUAUGAAUGGGCUUCAAAAUUCGCUUUCCGAUUAGACGAAGUAGAAGAUUUGCUAACAGAAAACAGAGUAUGGACUGGACGUACAAAAGAUGUUGGAAUAGUGACGGCAGAACAGGCAAUAGAGUGGGGUUUCAGCGGAGUAAUGUUAAGAGGUUCCGGAAUUCAAUGGGAUAUAAGGAAAAAGACACCUUACGAUGCUUAUGAUUUGGUCGAAUUUGAUGUUCCAAUUGGCUUAAAAGGAGAUUGCUACGAUCGAUAUCUUUGCCGCAUGGAGGAGAUGCGUCAAUCAUUACGAAUCAUUUAUCAAUGCUUGAAUCAAAUGCCAGAGGGUGAAGUGAGAAUCGAUGAUGCAAAAAUCGUACCACCUAGAAGAGAAGAAAUGAAAACCAGCAUGGAAGCAUUGAUACAUCAUUUCAAAUUGUAUACUCAAGGAUUCCAAGUGCCUCCUGGAUCAACAUAUACUGCGAUCGAAGCACCAAAAGGUGAAUUUGGCGUGUAUCUCGUAAGCGAUGGUAGUAGCAAGCCUUAUAGGUGCAAAAUCAAAGCACCGGGUUUUGCUCAUUUGGCAGCAAUGCGUCACAUGGGUCCGGGAUGCUUACUUGCUGAUAUCGUAGCUAUUAUCGGUACCUUGGAUGUGGUAUUUGGUGAAAUUGAUAGAUAACUUGUUUACUUGUUACUCUCACUAGACGUACUUCGUACAUAGAAAAUUUCGUGAAUGCUGUUUUCUAUUCUGUACGACAUAGAAAACAUGUAUAGAUGAGAGAGAGAAAAAAAUAUAAUAAAAUGUAUUCGUUAUUACUUAGAUCGAAAUCAUAGUAUAUUGACCUUUACCCGAUAUCCUUAAUCUUAUAUAAUAUAGCUUGUAAUCGAAAAGAUCUAUUAUUAUUAUUUCAUGCUGGAGAUGAAGAUUGUCUUAAACAGAUAAACGGAAAGAAUUAAAGAAUAAAAUUGGCAAAAAUAAAAAGAGAAUGAGGAAGAAGAACAAGAAUAUUAAAAUCUUGAGAUAUACACACAGAUAAAGUAAUAUACAUAGUAACAGGAUUUGUAGCGUGAAUGAUGUUCAUCAUUUACGUAAUAUAUUUGAAGAAGCACUAUUCUAUGAAUAAUUUAACUUUAUCACGGUCAUUUCCAGAUUGUUGGAGAUGUCCGGAAAUGUCUUUCCAUUUUUGCGAAAUUACAGGGAUUAAUUUUCAAAGGAUCAAGGUUUUUGUUAUUCAUGAACCCAUCAUGUCUCGAACAAGGGUAAAUAUUUAUUAUACACAAUUAUUUGAUAACAAUUAUAUUAUUGUUUACAUGAUAAAACGAACAAACGUUUAAAUCA